CUCAGAUUAUAUUUAACAUUUUCAUACACUACCAAUCAAAGACAGGAAAAAACGCACCACCAACAAUUUCAAAACCAAAAAAGAUUCUCUAUAUAAACAAUAAGAGUCCCAAUCCAAAAACCUCACCAGCUAAUUUAUUCUCAACUAAACUUAUACAUAUAUUUUUUUAAACACAAUAAAAUGGCGGGCCGUGACAUUUUCCAGCUGCGUUUCGUAGCUGUCGCGGUAUCCGUCGCCGUUUUGACCUUCCUCGCCUCCAGCCAAGUCACAGAAGCGGCACGUAUGAUGAGCCUCUGCUCCCACACCGCGUAUCCAUCUCUAUGCCAACCUUUGGUGAAACGUAUCACGAACCCAAGACGUGCCACACACCGAACCAUUCAGGCUUUGGAAGCUAAGACAAAACAGGCUUUAGCUGAAGUUGCUAGGUACAAAGAUGGUAACCAAGCUAUAGCCACGUGUUACGCGACGUUUAGCGAUGCGGUUUAUAAUUUGGCGAACGCGAGGAAGAGUAUAAGGAAACGUGAUGUGUUGGGGAUGAACACGUUUUUGACCGCGGCUGUGUCUGAUUAUGGUGUGUGUGUUGAAGGGUUUAUUGACUCGAAUCAAGUUAAUACGGUUCAGAAUGUAGCGGUUGACUUGAGAAAAAUUAGCAGCAACUGCUUGACGUUGUCUACAUUGGUUUAG